UGCGGCUCUGUGAUUGGCUGCGAGCUCGCCUGGCAGGAAGAAAGAGCUGCUGUGUUGAGGCCGAAAAACUCAGACACAAUCUGGAAAGAGGGGACGACAACAAAAUACCUGUGAAGAUUAUACACACUCAACAGGAGCUGCGAGAGGCGCUUUUAUUUUUGGGCCAUGGCGACCGGGCGAGUGGUGCCUGGCUUCACGGCAGUGUCUCUGCCAGCAAGUCCGGCUUACUCUUAAUGAGUGUGUGCUGUGUGCAGAUUUAAAUCUUUACAUGGGGGCAACAUAGCUGCAUGCUCGCUAUCGCUGCUGCUGAUGCUCGCAGAAAACAACUAUUUAUUUUUUGCGCAAAACUGAUGAGGGGAGCGUAAAUAUUCCGCCUGGAGCAGCGUGGGUUUUAUUACCUAAAAAUCUCCCCCGUUUGACGUCCGUCGGCAUCAGUGCCAUGAAUCAGCCCGGGCAACAGCUGCUACCCACAUAGAGGUCACUUUACCUCUCUUUCCAUUUGAUUCCGUCCAGAGGAUGCUGGGAAUGUGUCGCGGGCGCAGGAAGUUCCUGGCGGCCUCUCUCGUCCUGCUCUUCAUCCCAGCACUUACCUGGCUUUACCUGUCCGUCGGCAGCUUUCAAGUGAAGCCCCUGCCCCUCUCCCCGUUGGAAAUCCAGUCAUCCACACCUGUAGGAGAUGUCGGCGAGCGACAAGCGUUGGAGUCUCGGGUGCGGGCGGUGGAAGAGGAGAACCGGGCGCUGCGCCGGGAACUUAGCCGGCCCCCCAGGAGCCCGUCGGCACACCUUCCAUACGGCGGCCACCAUGGCAACCAAAGCAAAACCCACUCAGAGGAAGGCACCGGUGACAACGAGGUCCAGAAAGCUGCUGCAGCGGGAAACAGUUCAGACUGCGUCCGACAUCCAGUCGUGGAGAAGUGUGAGACCAUCCACGUUGCCAUCGUAUGUGCAGGCUACAACGCCAGUCGAGAUGUGGUCACACUGGUAAAAUCGGUACUUUUCCACAGGCGGAACCCCCUCCAUUUCCAUUUCAUCACAGACUCCAUAGCUCAGCAAAUCCUGUCCUCUCUGUUCCACACCUGGAUGGUUCCUGCUGUUCGGGUCGACUUCUAUGACGCAGAUGAACUGAAGUCAGAGGUGUCAUGGAUCCCAAACAAACAUUACUCUGGAAUCUACGGUCUGAUGAAGUUAGUGCUCACAAAGACACUCCCAUCGGAUCUACAAAAAGUCAUCGUUUUGGACACAGAUAUUACUUUUGCCACGGACAUCGCUGAGCUCUGGGCUGUCUUCCACAAGUUUAAAGGCCAGCAGGUUCUGGGUUUGGUGGAGAACCAGAGUGACUGGUAUCUAGGAAACCUGUGGAAGAACCAUCGGCCCUGGCCUGCACUGGGUAGAGGCUUUAACACUGGGGUGAUUUUGCUUCUCCUCGAUCGACUACGAAAGCUGAGAUGGGAGCAGAUGUGGAGGUUGACUGCAGAGCGGGAAUUGAUGAGCAUGUUGUCCACUUCAUUGGCAGAUCAGGAUAUCUUCAAUGCUGUCAUCAAACAGAACCCAUUCCUGGUUCACCAGCUUCCAUGCUUCUGGAACGUUCAACUCUCAGACCACACCCGAUCUGAGAAGUGCUACAAAGACGUGUCAGACCUCAAGGUCAUCCACUGGAACUCUCCCAAAAAACUAAGAGUCAAGAACAAGCAUGUGGAGUUUUUCCGUAAUCUCUACCUAACCUUCCUGGAGUAUGACGGCAACCUGCUGCGGCGAGAGCUGUUCGGCUGUCCCAGCGAAGCUGAUCACAACAGCGAGAAUCUCCAGAAGACGCUGUCCGAGUUGGAUGAAGACGAUCCGUGCUACGAGUUCCGUCGAGAGAGAUUCACCGUCCACAGAACGCAUCUUUACUUUCUCCACUAUGAGUAUGAUGUCAGCCCUGACAACACGGACGUCACAUUAGUCGCCCAGCUCUCCAUGGACAGGCUCCAGAUGUUGGAGGCCAUCUGCAAGCACUGGGAAGGGCCCAUCAGCUUGGCCCUGUACCUUUCCGACGCCGAGGCCCAGCAGUUCCUGCGCUACGCUCAGGGCUCAGAGGUGCUCAUGAGCCGUGGCAACGUAGGUUACCACAUCGUCUACAAAGAGGGACAGUUCUACCCCGUCAACCUGCUGCGCAAUGUCGCAAUGCGGCACGUCAACACACCUUACAUGUUUCUCUCAGACAUCGAUUUCUUGCCCAUGUAUGGCCUCUAUGAGUAUCUCAGGAAGUCAGUUGUUCAACUAGACAUGGCCAACACCAAGAAAGCACUGGUGGUGCCAGCGUUUGAGACGCUGCGCUAUCGUUUGUCCUACCCCAAAUCUAAAGCGGAGCUGCUCUCUCAGCUGGACAUGGGAACUCUCUUCACAUUCAGGUACCAUGUGUGGACCAAAGGCCACGCACCAACAAACUUUGCCAAAUGGCGGACCGCCACCACACCCUACAAGGUGGAGUGGGAGGCGGACUUUGAGCCGUACGUCAUGGUGAGAAGGGACAGCCCCGAGUACGACCGGCGCUUUGUAGGCUUUGGUUGGAACAAGGUGGCGCACAUCAUGGAGCUGGAUGCACAGGAAUAUGAAUUUGUGGUCCUGCCCAACGCUUACAUGAUCCACAUGCCCCAUGCGCCCAGCUUCGACAUCACCAAGUUCCGCUCCAACAAGCAGUACCGAGUCUGCCUCAAGACCCUCAAGGAGGAGUUCCAGCAGAACAUGUCGCGGCGCUACGGCUUCGCCGCCCUUAAGUACAUGACGGCCGAGAACAACAGCUAGCCUCCGCUGCCGCCGCUGCAGACCCUCGCUCCCCGCGCCCCGAAAGGUGAAUGACUACACCAUUGGUCGGGGGGUAGGAGGUGCUGCGCAGAACGAAAAGAUGGCGGAAUAAGUCAAAACUUUCCUUCAAACUCUGCUGGACCACCCAGGAAAUAGUCACCUCUACUCGGAGGGGGGGGGAAUAAGCAGCGGCACCCCCUGCUGCAUUUUUAGGCUUAACGCUGCGUGUGCAUGUGUGUUACGGUACACGCAGGUGUGUGCGUCGUGUGUCCGGGGGCCGUGCCGGAGUGAGGAAACACAUUUUGGACGACACUUUAUCAUCAUGGCGGCGAGACAAAUCGGUCAACAUUGAGGCGAGUGGUCAUCCAGCCAAUCAGCUGCUGCGGGUACAAAUCUCAAUCCAUCCAUCUUUGUUUUGUGUGAAGUUUGAAUCAGAGCGCCAUCCUUCUCGCUUUUUUUCUUAUACUUGCCUCUAGUUUGAUGACAUUAUACUGUAAUAGUGAAGUAUUCUCUAGUAUAGUACAGUAGUACUCCUGCCUUCCAGUGGCUGCACUUCAUCUUUUUACUGCAUUUACUAAAACCCCUAAAGUGAUCUAAUAAAGUCCUAAAUUAUAAUGAUUCCUUAAUAGUAGCUGUGGGCGAUACUGCAAAUGUCAAUAUUGAUUCGAUACCAACUUAAUACACGGCCAGUAUAGCUGAUACUUCCAUCCAUCCAUUUUCUACUGCUUGUCUCCGGCGGUAGAAAAUAGAUGAAAGGCUCCAAAAUGACUCCUUGAAUGGUUGAAUCAUGAUUAUAAUCAGUAGUCCAGUAUAUAAUCUGAUACAACCCUUGGUAUGAAUAUUAUCGAUAUUUGCAUCAAUCCACCCGCCCCUACUUAACAGUACAGUAAGUUUGGACGCACACAAAGACAGACAAUUCCUUCACUAAGAGGAUAAUAAUCACUUUUAAUAUUUAAAAUGUGUUUAAUAUCCUUGGAAGUUUGCGGUGGCUUCUAAUUGAAUUUAGUCACACAGGAGAGUCAAAUCAGGAGAUUAGUUUUUUUGUAAAUUAAUUUUUUUUGUGCUGAAAUUGUUUUUAAUUUAUUUUAUCUUGAACAUUUUAUUGAUUUUUUAUUUUUAUUUUGUUUUACUGUUGUAAAACUAGAGGCCUCUUUCUCCUUUCCCUCCAACCUCUCAGAAGAAGGAGAUAGGCGUGAUGAUACAGGUGUGUGUGUGUAAAUGUAUCGUGUGUGUGUGUUUUUAUGACGUGUGGGGGGCUGCGGUGUGCAAGAAGUAGGACAGUGCUGACUGAUGCUGCUAAAGGAAUAAAAGGCAAAAGUGUCAAA